CCGGUGUCGCUGUUGCUGAUUAAUCGGCCUCCCCUGGUGUCCCACCCACCGCCCGAGACUCUUAUUUCUCCCAGGUUGAUGGAGCUGGGGAAGCCGACCCGAUUCGAAGUUGGAGAAUCGAACCUCCCGUCAGAACCGUUUUUCUUUACCCUGCAGGCCGCCGAUCCACUUUCUGACAGUUUUACUUCUUUUAACUUUGUAGUGGUUUCUCUUCUUUACGGUCCCGUAUCCUUGGCAACACGACCAACUGUCCUGCGAAGUUUGGAUCAAGUGUUUCGCCAGACUCCACCUCCACCGGCCCGAACCCGAACCAUUUCCGCGGGACAGACGGCGCGCGUGGGAACUUUACAACAUUUGAAAACUUUUAACGGAAACGCACGGCGCGAGACAAUAGUGUGAAAGGGGAGCUGGAGCGGGAGGGGGGUUCGAUGUCUCGCGGGGCUUUGUCCCGGACACCCGCCUUGAGCCCGGAGGGGACGCCAACUGAUCGAUCAGAGGAUUGAUGAUUGAGCGCGCGGGCUGAGCGACAUGGACGCGACCGUGUCGGAGCUGCUGUCCGCCUUCAUGGACUCUCCGCUCGUGCUGUGGGUGCGGUCUCUGGGCCCGUUGGGUUCAUGUGACGGCGUGGGUUUAGAGGAGCCGGUCGGCAUGUUCAUGGAGCUGGUGGACGGCGUCUUCCUGCACAAGAUCCUGACCCACAUUGACCCGAGUCCCACCAACCAGAGGCUGAACAAGAACGUGAACAACGACAUGUCACUGCGCCUCCACAACCUGACCGUCCUCACCAGACACAUUAAGACCUACUACCAGGAGACCCUGCAGCAGCUAAUAGUCAUGCCCCUUCCCAACAUCCUUUGCAUCGCCAAGGAUCCAUUAUCAGCCAAGAGCAUGGAGGAACUGAGGAGGCUUCUGCUGCUCUUACUGGGCUGUGCUGUUCAGUGUGAGCGGAAGCAGGAGAUGAUCGACAAGAUCAAACUGCUGGACAUCCAGACUCAAGCGGCCAUCGUCUCCCACAUCCAAGAGGUGACCCAUAACCAGAUGAACGUCCUGGACCUGUCCUGGCUGGAGGAGGGGGCAGAGCUGGGUCCAGAAGAGCUGCAGCCGCUGUCCCGCACCAUGGCAGCCUCUUUGCAGCAGCUCAUCGAGCAGCGAGACAAAGCUGCUGAGAUCAUUGUGGAUCUCACUCAGGAGAGGGACUACCUUUCCAGCCAGCAGCCCCAGGAUGGACGCAGGAGUGGCGCAGAGCGGGGGCUGCAGCCUGGGGGCGCGGGAACCACCGGUGGAGGAUCUGAGCUGAUCACUGAGGAAAAGCAGCAUCUGUCUGUAGAGUUGGCAGACGCCAAGGCCAAGCUGCGCAGAUACAGACAAGACCUGGAGGAAAAGACGGAGCAGCUGAUGGAUUCAAAACACGAGGCGGAGCGUCUGGAUCAGGAGCUGCAGAGGCUGAAACAAGAGAACCAGCUCCUGGCCGGCGAGGCUCGGUCCAUGCGAGCGUACCGUGACGAGGUGGACUCGCUGAGGGAGCGAGCGGCCCGCGUGGACCGUCUGGAGGCGGAGCUUAGUCGAUGUAAGGAGAAGCUCCACGAUGUGCAUUUCUACAAGAGCAGGGUGGAGGAGCUCCGGGAGGACAACAUGACUCUGCUCGAGACUAAGGUGCUGCUGGAGGAACAGUUGACUUCCUCCAGGGAACGCUGUGAUAAACUGCACACUUUGGAGAAGGACAACCUGCUGCUGCAAGCUAAGAUCAACGACCUGGAGAUGGAGAGAGACAGUGAGCGGCGCAGGCUGGAGGAGCUGCUGGAGGAGAACAUGCUGCUGGAGAUCGGACAGAAGCAGAGCAUGACCGAGUCGGCCCAUCUGGGCUGGGAGCUGGAGCAGCUCUCCAAGAACCACGAUCACAGCGACACGGAGACCCGCAAGUCUCUGGUCCAGGAGCUGAACGAGUGCGUCUCCAGCCGCAUGCUGAAGCUGGAGAAGGAGAACCGGGAGCUGCAGGCCUCUAUCGAGAGGCUGAAGGAGGAGAAUCAUAACCUGCAGGAGCAGCAGCUGCACAUGCAGAAGCUCGAGCGAGAGAAACAGAGUCUCAGCAACAAGCUGGAGCGUCUGCAGGGAUUACUGGACCAGGAGAGGCUGACCAAUCAGGACAUGGAGUCGCUGGGGGAGGAGCUUCUGAAGGAGAAGCAGAGUCUAGAGCGGGAAAUGCACGCUCUGCGGGUGGAGAAGGACCAACAGAUUGUGGAGCUGGAGAGUGAGAAGCAGCACCUGUCAGAGGCGGUGGCCUCCCUUCAGGAGCGAGCUCAGUCCAACAGCGAGGCGAGGGUUCGUGAGGUGGAAACGGAGAACCGCCUGCUGCACCAGAGCAUCACCGACACCAGCUCUCGCCUGACCAGCUUAGAAACGCAGCUGAAGGUCGUGAGCGAGGAGGCGGAGAGGUUGAGGGAGCUGGCAGGGAGAUGCGAGGAGGCGGAGAGGGAGGUGUCCCGCUUGGAGAGGAGCAGGGAGGCUCUGAACAGAGAGGUCGAGUCUCUUCGUACGUGCAGCGAGCACUCGGAGGCUCUGGAGAAGCAGGUGACCUCCCUGGAGCAGGAGGUGCACAGACUGAAACGGGAAGCAGAGGUGGCGCAGGAGGAGCUGCAGCAGCAGUCCAAACAGCUGGCAGGAAACAGCCUGCUGUCAAAGGAAAACCUGGAACUCCGCUGCUCCUUGGAAAACCUGCGGUCCUCCUCCAGCCUCCUGCCUACACUCCAGGAGGAGCUGAAAAAGGCUCACACAGAGACCCAGGAGGAGCAGAGAGCCGCCGAAAAGGCUAGAGAGGAGGCGCAGGGGGAGAGGAAGAGGGCAGAGAGGCUGGAACUGAACCUCUCAGGCCUGAACCAGGAGAAACACCGCUUAGAGGAGGAGCUGGAGAGGAGCAAAGAGGAGAGGGCCGAGCUGGAGGCAAAGAUUAAGGAGACGCAGAGUAGAGAGGAGGAAUCAAGGAAAGAGGUCAACGAGCUAAAGGAGGAGCUCAGAAGAAAGGAGGAGCAAGAGGAAGAGAGGAAGAAGCUGCAGCUGGACCUGGAGCAGUCGGAGAAAAGCAGGAAGCUCCUGGAGAAGGAGAGCUGGAGGAUCCGCACAGCGCUGGAGGACAAGGAGGCGGAGCUGGAGGAGAAAGCCAGCAGGUUGGCUGUGGUGAUGAAGGAGUGCGGCGCCCUGAGGACGGACGUGGACAGGCUGAAGGGGGGCGCAGCCAAAGCCAAGGAGCUGGAGAAGGAGAACAAGGAGCUGCAGAAACAAGCCACCAUCGACAAGAGGACUCUGGCCACUCUGAGAGAGGACCUGGUGUCAGAGAAGCUGAACGUUCAGCAAAAGAACGUGGAGUUGGAGAAGCUGAACGAAGAGCUGGAGAAAAUCGGCCUGAACACAGAAAAACUGCUGCAGAACGAGCUUUUGCAGGAUGACAACAGGUACAGGCUGCUGCAGAGCCGUCUGGAGGAAACGGUCCAACAGACCAUCAAGUUGAAGGAAGAGAAAAUUUCCAAUUUGGAAAAGAAGCUCGAAGACAGCGGCAGACUGAUCGCUGCUCUGCAGGGAAAGCUGUCCACGGCUCAGGAGUCCUCCCUGGGUCAGCAGCAGGGGGAGGGACAGAAAACGCUGCAGCGCACAGGCGAGGAGCGGGACUCCACGGCCGAGCUGCUGCGGACCAAAGAUCACCUCAUCAACGUGGAAAAGAAGAACGCCUCUCUGCAGACAGAGAGCAGCUUACUGAAGGAGCAGCUCAAGCAGAUGGAGAACCAGAACUCGUCCCUGAACAGCCAGAUGGCGGCGCUGCAGCGACACACCAGCACGCUGCAGGAGCAGAACUCGGCUCUGCACACUCAGACGGCAAAACUACAGGUGGAGAACUCCACCAUCUCCUCCCAGAGUGCCUCUCUCAUGGCCCAGAAUGCCGUGCUGCAGGGUCAGGUCAGCGCUCUGGAGACGGAGGUGGAGUCCUGGCAGCGGCAGCGCGAGGAGGCAUGGCGGGCUCGAGAGAGCGUGCUGAGCGAUCACGAGCGGCUGCUGAGCGUGCACGAGAGGCAAGCGCACGAGUACGAGCAGCUGAUCAGCCAGCACGCUGCACUGAAGGGCAAGCAGAGGGCGCUAGAGAGCGAACAACGGACACUGCAGAGCAAGUACUGUGGACUGCUGCAGCUGAAAGAGAAGUGGGAGGAGCAGGAGGGGCACGGCCAGAAAGCAAAGGAGGAGCUGAAGCAGGAGGUCCAGAAAAACCAUCUGCUGCAGCAUGAGAACCUGCAGCUGAAAGCAGAAGUGGACAGACUGACAGCGAACCAAUCCCAGCACACGGUGCAGAACGAGGGCCUCCAUCAGCGCGUUAACGAACUGAAGAGCUCGCUCAGCUCCGCCCAGCUGGAUGUGAGUCAGUGGAUGGCACGCUACGACACCCUGAUGGAGCAGCACCAGGGUCUGGACCUGACCAUGACCAAGCUGGACAACCACUGUGAGCUGCUGAGUCGACUGAAGGGAAACCUGGAGGAGGAGAACCACCACCUGCUGAACCAGAUCAACCUGCUCAGUCAGCAGAACCACACUCUCCUGGAGAGGAGCAUGGAGAGCAAGGAGCUGUUCCACCAGGAGCAGAAGCUGUACAUAGACAAACUGAAUUCCCUUCGUCGUCAAAAAGAGAAACUGGAAGAGAAGAUCAUGGACCAGUACAAGUUCUACGACCCCACGCCCAAGAAGAGUCGUCAGUGGUCCGGAGCCAAAGCCUUAGCCAAACUGAUCAAACCUCGAAAGGAGAGCAGCCGAGAGCGGGGAGGUGACCGAGACAAGGCGCCCAACAGGGAGAGGGAGGGUGCAAGGAGCGUCCCAGAUAUCCCCCUGCCCGCCACACCCCCCCUCCUCCCGCCUGAGACCCCGCCCCCUAUUUCCCUAAGGACUGGGAGUGACUCACAGGGCGGCAGUAACCAUAGCAACCACAGCAUGAGUUCCCGGCCAGCCUCCACCCUCACACCCAUCAGCAGAGAUUUGACCGACAGGAGCCAGAGCCUCUAUCACAGCAGCACCCCCAGGAGCAGCAAUGAGAGCGUCAACGGAGACGAAGCUCUGAUCCAGCGUAUGCACCUAAGCUCCACCCCCGCCCCCCAGACAUCCUCUCAGAGCUUCAGCAGUACCUCCAGACCGGGACAAGGCUCCUCUCGCAGGCCCAGAGGUCUGUCUGAAGAAGACCUGCGCCACGACACUCCUGACUGUGUCUUCAGCCCCAAAGGAUACCUGGGGGGCGGGCCCGGAUCGGCAGACUUCAGCCACAACACGUCCAGCUCGGAGUCGCCGGUCGCCUGCAGAGACACGUCAGACCGGCCGCCUCGCUCCGCCAGCCUCUCCAGUGAUGAUUUCUCGGGACACUCGCAGACCCCGUCCCGCAGCUCCACCCUCCCAUACGACCACACGCCGCAGAGAGCCCAGCCACAGCGCGGGGGCGGGCCUCGGCCCAGAGCACGCACAUCGUCUCCUGGGAGUGAAAUGGUGACACUGGAGGAGUUUCUGCAUGAGAGCAACCUGCAGUCUCCUCCUGUGGUCUCCACAGGAAGCAGAGAGGACUUGAUGGUGGACUACUUCAGUAGAAGCUCCUCCUCCUCGGUGGCCGCUGGCAAAGAUCAGGCAACUCCUACCAACUAUGUGGUUCCCACUGUACAGCCAUCCAAUCAGAGGCCAGGCCAGAGUGUAAAGCCCUCCCCUCGACAGCCGGCGGGCCAAUCCCUCCCCUCGAACCCGCCUGCCCCCCAGAGGAGCAGCCAAUCCCUGAGCCGAGCCUUCAGCUUGGCUUCUGCUGAUCUGCUGCGCUGCAACCGCCCAGAUGGUUACCGAGGAAACGAUUCCUCCCCUCACGAAGCUGUGGUGCGGCGGCCAGAGAGAGGGCCCAACGGACGGGAACGCCCGCUUUCCGCCCGUUACGCCUCCCCGUCGAGCCUUCAGGAGGACGACGGCUUCCUGACCCCCCCACUGCACCACUCCCCCUCCCUGACCCUGCAGACGGACAGGUACACCGAGAGGGAGCGCAACAGCAGGGGGAGGACCCCGACCUCCCGGAACGGCGCCUCCUCCCAGUACCACCACCGCGGGGAGGUCGCCAUGGUAACCCCGGUCAGAGCUGUGUCCACGUCUCACUCCAUUCAAGCUUCAGAGCCGGGCCCCCUCCAGAGAGAGGGCCGGGCGGGGGACGCCCCACACUCUAAGGACAGGUGUGGCUCCGUAGAGCGACCCAAGAGCACGCCGGCCUCCCCCGACCCCAACGAUGACCCCCAGACUGUGUGGUACGAAUACGGAUGUGUCUAAAACCUGGAGUGAAAACACACCCGUAGGCCUGAGAAAACCUCUGUGUGGUCAGAGACACACGCCACAUUCCCAACACUGAACGCUGACUCACUGCUGACUCGGCGCUUCUUCCCAUCCGGACACUAAGAGAGGACGGUUUUCCCUUUUUUUUCCCCUCUUGAUCCGUUAGGAGCAAACACUGGAAAAGACUGUAGGAGCGGGAGAAGGAGGAGGGAGAGCAAAAGAGGUAAUUACAAACCUCCUCCCUCCAUCUUUAGACUCCGACACUCUGACGGUUUACUGGAAGACGCCGCUCCAGCCGAGCCAAACACUACCGUCACGUGCACGAGGCUCAGUCCCCCGAGGGCGGCUGGUGGCUUUUAUAACCACCGGGCCGCAUUUUGCUCAUCUGUGAGGAAACCACUGCUGCACACUAACCUGACCUGGCACCAUUUGGGAUUAUUUGAAUUUAAGACAUUCAGAUGCAACCAGAGAGAUGUGGCCCCGCCCCCUAGAGUUUCAUAACUGCAGCCUUUUAACCCUUCAACACCAGAGCUCCAGUUUUUAUGUUCUUUAACAAUUGUUAGCACAAUAAACGUCAUUCCAGUAGAUUUUAAAGGAGAAAAGCGGAGGAGAGCCGCUUUUCUCUUUUAAAAUCUACUGGAAUGAUGUUGAUCGUGUUAACGCUUGAAAAAGGUACAAUACCUUUUGUGUCACUCAGACUGCCCCGCCCCCCCGGGCUCCAUCUUUCAGCUGCUCUAAGGUGUGAGGAUGAAUUUGUAAAAUUUGGAGCCUGAACUCUAUGCAACACUGGAGGUCCGUCAGGAGUUCAUCUCAAGUAAAUUAUUUUACCUGUAACUUUUGUACAUUUUUUUUACAUUUUAUGAACUGCUCUUGUGAUUUUAAAGACUUUUUGAUACCAAAAACUGACAAACGUGCUGUUUGUGUUGAUUAACACCUGCUUUGUCUGUCCGUCUCUGAGAAAGUGUGGAGGAUGCAGGAGGUUCUUGCUGUUCGACUGUCUGCUUUGCUGUGAUGAGUCCAGUUCGUGUCUGAAAGGCUGCUAGUUUGAUUCUGCUGAGAAAAGCUUUAUAGUAAUAAAGAUUUUAAAACUUUGAA